ACAAUAAUUACCAAAGGUUACAUGCACGCUUCCUACACAUGAAAUAAAAUCUCUGUAAAGAAUAUUAUAUAAGGAUCUGCUGGAUAUUUAUGAUGAUUCAUAACAGAAGUGUUGUAGAUAGUCAAAGAGCUCUUCUUCCUGUUAAAGAAUAUUAUGCCAACUAAAUGUCUAAGACCGAAUAUGGUUCGAUCACGAAUGGCAGAAGGAGGAUCUCCACUCAACUCACUACCAGAUACACCCUCUAAAGAAAAAGAUUUUUUUGGAGCUGAAAUAUGGGAAAAUCUUCGUUCAAAACACACAAUGCUGUCAUACUGGCGCCGUGGCUUGACAGAAGUUCUAAAAGACCAUGAAUUUGAUGAAGCUGAAGGAAAGAAAGUUAUAAAUUUUCUAUUGUCAAAUUUUCGUUUUGCCAUAUUGGCUGCUAAGGAACACGGACCUGGUGCAACAGUCAAGAUACUUUACAACUUAGUCCCUAAUCAUUUGAACUUGGUCAGCUGGCGGAGGAUAUUAGUUGGAAUGAAUUUAGUGUUAGAAGAACCUGAUACAAAUAAUGACAUUAGACUUAUAGGAAUCACUUUAUCUAAAAAACAUAAAAUUGAAAUGAUUAUAAAAACGUUAGACGAAUUUUCCAGAUUGUUAGUAUUGCUGAAAGAUUGCAAUUGGCAAGUAUUGCAGACAAUUCUCGAUAUGGACCAAGGUUAUCCCAUGGCUCUACUUGAAAUAUUGGAUUAUUGCAAGGUCCAUGAUACUGCACCUGUAUCAAAACAAAAGAACUUAAAAAUUUUGUAUGAAAUAGACCAUUUUUCAAUGCGUCAGUUAGGAUUUUAUCGUGCAAAUCCAGCAGAACCAGUGUCAUGGUCUCGGCCUGCAACUAAUGCUCAUUUGACGUUCAUUUCUAUAUUAUACGCAUUGUAUGGAUCUUUAAUAAGAGAAUUUCCACGUUCUAACAACUUUCAUAGCUUACCUGUUCUUUGAUGUCUUCUUCUUUGACUGUUAUGAUGGAUGACUGAUGACACAUGAUGUACCAGGUAUAAAAUACGAAUAUCAGAAAAAUGCCAUUAUUUCCAUGUAUUAACAUUAUAUUAUCAUUUAUAUGUUGUUAUCUUAAAAAGAUAUGUUGUAUGUUGUAUGAUGUAUGGAUGUUAUUUUUUAUGUCAAUAUUAGAAUAACUUUGAUAUACUGAAUAAAAAGAUUUAUUACAUAGACAAGAA